AUGCUUUCGAAACCAUCAACGCUCGCACUCGCAUUCCUCGCAACACUCGUCCCUUCCGCUGUGCUCGCAGCACCUGCACCAGCAGCAGCACCAACUGGUGAAGUAGUGGAUGUUCCGCGAGAUGUCUGUCUCGCCAUCUGCUACUUUGACGAACCCGAGUGUGGAGCGCCUAGUUACGCGGUUAAGACGAACGAGUGCUGGACGUGCUGCACGCCGCAAUGGGGACCGGUUGAGACGCGCGAUGAGUAG